UGAAAUUCAGGUUUUUCUUCUUCUCCCUUAGAGCUCUCCGGCGAAUUCAGUAACAUAUCGCCCCGUCGCGCAUUCUCGCUCCCGACUAACGCCGCCGUUUCUGGAGGUCAUCGCUCUCAGCAAACAUGGCGACCGUUAUGCAGAAAAUCAAGGACAUCGAAGAUGAGAUGGCAAGAACUCAGAAGAACAAAGCCACUGCUCAUCAUCUUGGCCUGUUGAAGGCAAAGCUAGCGAAGCUUCGAAGAGAAAUUCUCACACCAACCUCAAAGGGAGGUGGUGGCGCUGGAGAAGGUUUUGAUGUUACAAAAAGUGGUGAUUCAAGAGUUGGUCUUGUGGGGUUCCCUUCAGUUGGGAAAUCGACACUCUUGAACAAAUUAACUGGGACCUUUUCAGAGGUUGCUUCAUAUGAAUUUACCACUUUAACUUGCAUUCCUGGUGUAAUCACAUAUCGAGGAGCCAAAAUUCAGCUCCUAGAUCUUCCUGGUAUUAUUGAGGGUGCCAAAGAUGGAAAGGGUAGAGGAAGGCAGGUUAUCAGUACUGCCCGGACAUGUAACUGCAUCCUCAUUGUCUUGGAUGCAAUAAAACCAAUUACUCAUAAACGCCUAAUAGAGAAGGAGCUUGAGGGAUUUGGCAUAAGACUAAACAAGGAGCCACCAAAUCUCUCUUUCCGGAGGAAAGAUAAGGGUGGGAUCAAUCUUACAUCCACAGUUACUAACACAAACCUUGACCUCGACACUGUGAAGGCAAUUUGUGGAGAAUAUCGGAUACACAAUGCUGAUAUCAGUCUCCGAUAUGAUGCAACAGCAGAUGAUCUCAUAGAUGUCAUUGAGGGAAGUAGGGUAUACAUGCCUUGCAUCUAUGUUGUGAACAAAAUUGAUCAGAUUACACUUGAAGAGCUGGAGAUUUUGGACAAACUUCCACAUUAUUGCCCAAUCAGUGCUCAUUUGGAAUGGAACCUUGAUGGUCUUUUAGAAAAAGUAUGGGAGUAUCUCAAUUUAACUCGCAUAUACACAAAGCCCAAGGGGAUGAAUCCCGAUUAUGAUGAUCCUGUCAUAUUGUCAUCAAAGAAAAGGACAGUUGAGGACUUCUGUACUAGAAUCCACAAGGACAUGCUGAAGCAAUAUAAAUAUGCAUUGGUUUGGGGUUCAAGCGCAAAACACAAGCCACAGAGGGUGGGGAAGGAGCAUGAACUGGAAGAUGAGGAUGUUGUGCAAAUCAUCAAAAAGGUUUAAUCUCCGAACUUCAUCAAAUCAAGUUACUACCUGUUCCCUUAGUUGCAUAGCAAGUAGAACCGGGUGAUAGAUGGUAUGAUCUGUAAUCUUAUUUGUGCCUGACAACAGACUUUGGGUGUGCUCCGAGAUAUAACCAGACAAAUUUUGCUAUUACUGUCUGAAAACAUUGCUAGUUUGAGUGUAUUUCAGAUUUCCUUUGGACUUGCAUUUUAGAGAUCUAUAUUAUGGGAGGAGAUCCUUGCUGUCCCACUUAAAACAGCAAAUCAUGCUGAACGCAUACAAUAUUAAAUGAAACGACAAGAUUAGUUCUUCUA